AUGGCUGCCUGCUAGAUUUUUCCACAUUAAAUUCCCACUCCUGCUCCUUCUGCGAGCCAUAACUGUUCCUACCAAACCUUCUCAUGGCCCACUUCAAGGGUAACAAUCCAGACGACGGAUACAGUGAUAAUCCGUCUGCGGUGUCGGCGGUACCCUGCAAGAUUCCUCCUCCUCCUCCACUGCCAAAAAGCACAAAAGCAAGCGUUCCAGCUCCUCCACCACCUCCACUUCCACCAACUGAAGCCCCGAAGAUUAGCAAUUCCGAUUUCCUGCGGGUCAUGGCCGCAAUACAAAGACCCAAGUCUGAAACCUCUGCCGACGCGAAACCACCCUUCCAACGCUGCCAUAUGUUUUUCUACGGUUCCUUGAUGGAUCCAGAAGUCCUCCAAGCUAUUCUCGAUCUUCCGGAGCCGCCCACGAUGAAACAGGGGAGUAUCACGGGUUUCUCCGUCAAAAUGUGGGGAAUGUAUCCGACUCUGGUGCGAAAUGAUAGUGGGAGGGUUUCGGGGACGUUCUGGGAGGUGACCUCGGAAGCUCAUUUUCUGAGGCUUGAGGCGUACGAGACGUCAGCCUACACAUGGUGUGAGUGUGAUGUUGAGCUCAGCGAUGGAGCAGUAUUGCACAACUGCCGAACUUUCUGCUGGGCUGGCGAUCCAGAGAGUGAAGAGUUGGAGGAGGGGAGCUUUGAUUUGGAAUGGUACCAAAAGUACUUCAAGCCAUCUGUCACGAGACGCCGGUAGCUCAUCGACUAGCCGCACCAAGAUACCGUGAGAUACUUCAAGACGUCCGUGACGAGACGCCGAUCGCGCAUCGAGUAGACGUAUUGAUAUAUCAUAACGCCGACGAGCCCGAAAAAUACAAUAAUAUUUUGGACAAGAAGCAUGGAUGAC